CGUUUACCCAGCUGGAGGAGCUAUACCACGGACAGGAAGAGCCUGUAUUUUUCAAAACAUUUACGUAAAAAAUUGAUUAAACGUUGCGUUUAUUUCUUGACCGUACAGCAUCUUAUCUUCUAGACUCGUGCAACAUGAGACCCCUCAAAGAUGCCAAGCUGGGGGCCUUCACCUUCUUUGCGUCAGCUCUUCCUCAUGAUGUCUGUGGCAGCAAUGGUCUUCCUCUCACUCCUAACUCCAUUAAAAUCCUGGGGCGCUUCCAGAUCCUGAAGAACAUCACCCAUCCCAGACUCUGCCAAUACAUAGACAUCUCCAGAGGGAAACAUGAAAGGCUUAUUGUUGUUGCGGAGCACUAUGAAAGAAACCUAAAUGACUUCAAACAAGGACAAAGAGCAAGCCCAGAAAAAGUGCUGCAGAUUGCCUAUGAGGUUCUCGAAGGCCUGGAGUUUAUGAACAGACAUGGUUUGGUGCACAGAGCACUCAGCCCUAACAACGUGCUCCUGGACUGUAAGGGGAAUGUCAAGCUGGCAAAGUUUGGCCUUUAUCACAUGACUGAUCACGGCGCAGAUGUCGAUUUCCCCAUCGGCUACCCAUCAUACCUUGCUCCAGAAGUGAUCGCCCAGGGCUCUUCCCACCCCAGCGAUCCAUCACAUGACGAAGCUCCUCAUCCCUCUGGACCCAAGACGGAUGUCUGGUCUCUGGGAGUUUUGCUCUUUGAAUUGUGUGCAGGAAGAAGACUUCUGCAGAAUAUUGAUAUAAGUGAGAGACUGAAGUUCAUUUUGACUCUUGGUUGCAUGGAUGACAUUGUCACAGUGUUCGCUGAGGAACAUGGUUGUUUGGAUACCAUAAAGGAACUCCCUGAGAAUGUGCUUGACUUUUUAAGGAAGUGUUUGACAUUUCUUCCAUCCAAAAGGCCGACCCCUGCAGAGCUGCUUGGAGACCCCGUUUUUGGAGGCAUUUCCUGCCAGUAUAGACCCUUCCAGAGGCCUGUGAGCCUCUUCUCCUCAUCUCUGCGCUGUGCAAGUUUGGAGCUCCCGGAAGACAUCAGUGAUCUUUGCAAAGAUGAUGAUGGUGAUUACUUGGCUGAGCGGGGCAUCGAUGAAGUUUACCACCUGUGGUGUCUGGCGGGUGGAGACUUGGAGAAGGAGCUGACCAACAAAGAAAUCAUCCAGUCCAAACCCCCCAUCUGCACACUGCCCAAUUUUGUCGUGGAGGAUGGGGAGUCAUUUGGGCAGGGAAGAGAUCGGAGCUUUUUGCUGGACGACACCACGGUGACUCUGUCUUUGUGUCAACUCAGAAAUAGACUUAAGGAUGUAGCUGGUGAAGCUUAUUAUCCCCUUCUUGAAGACGAACAGUCGACUUUGUCCCAAUCCAGCAGCAGCAAUGAGCUGUCGUCCACAGUCACGCUGCCACUCAUCAUCCGUGAGAGAGACACAGAGUAUCAGCUCAUCCGCAUCAUCCUCUUUGACAGGCUGCUCAAGGCUUAUCCAUAUAAAAAGAACUUGGUGUGGAAAGAAGCCAGAUUGGAUGUUCCUCCUCUUGUUCGAGGACUGGCGUGGGCUGCUCUGCUGGGAAUUGAGGGGGACAUUCAGGCCAAGUACGACAGCAUCGACAAGGACACCCCCAUUCCCACUGACAGACAGAUUGAAGUGGACAUCCCCCGCUGUCAUCAGUAUGACGAGCUGCUGUCGUCUCCUGAGGGCCACACCAAGUUCAGGCGUGUGUUGAAGGCCUGGGUGGUCUCACACCCUGACCUAGUCUACUGGCAGGGUUUAGAUUCCCUUUGCGCUCCGUUUCUAUAUUUGAACUUCAACAACGAAGCUUUAGCCUACGCCUGCAUGUCUGCCUUCAUCCCUAAGUACCUGUACAACUUUUUCUUGAAGGACAACUCCCAUGUCAUUCAAGAGUACUUGACUGUCUUCUCCCAAAUGAUUGCUUUUCACGACCCAGAGCUAAGCAACCAUCUGAAUGAAAUUGGCUUCAUUCCAGAUCUUUAUGCCAUCCCCUGGUUCCUAACUAUGUUCACACAUGUUUUCCCACUGCACAAGAUCUUCCAUCUAUGGGACACAUUGCUGCUGGGAAACUCCUCAUUCCCCUUCUGUAUUGGCGUCGCCAUACUGCAGCAACUGAGGGACCGUCUCUUAGCAAACGGGUUUAAUGAAUGCAUCCUUCUCUUCUCUGACCUGCCAGAAAUUGACAUUGAGCGCUGCGUACGUGAAUCCGUCAUCCUCUUCCGCUGGACUCCGAGGAGCGCUACGUACCGACAACAUGCCCAGUUACCAAAACCCACCGGGGAUAACGGAUUUGGGAAACCUGCGUCAUACUUCUCCUCUGACUAUCAGGACAUGCCGAAAACAGACUUGUCCCGGGAGCCCCUGGCACUGUGUGACCUGAAAGCAGAGGCGUCUCCCAGGAUCUCAGCUGAGGAUCUGAUUGACCUCUGUGAAUUAUCUCAGGCCGGGCUCCCCAAAAGAAACAAAUCUGGCAAGCCCAAGAUUGUCGCUGUCGAUAUUCGGAGUUCAGAAGACUUUAGCAGAGGUCAUGUUUCUGGCAGCAUCAACGUUCCCUUCAGCUCUGUGUUCAACCCUGACGGGGAGCUGGUGCAGUGUCCGGCUACAGGAGCCCUGCACACCUACAAAGGGAGCGUCAUCGUCGUCAUCAGCCAUGCUGUGAAGAGCGCCAUCAUAUUCGCUUCACAACUCGUCAAGGUGAAUUUUCCUCGGGUUUGUGUCUUGGAUGGAGGAAUCAACAAGCUGAAGCUCACUGGCCUCCUGACAGUCCCCUCCCCUCAGAUCUGACCACAUUCUUCAUCACCAAAAUAAUGGAAACAAUCUACAGCCUAAAUUAUUUGCAAUUAUAUACAUAUUACGUUUGUGUGAUUUUAACAUUAUUAUCUGGCAUUGAAUAGAAAUUUCCUUCCAAUUUAUACCCCGUGAGAACUUAUUAUCUCUGAUUUUCAUAAUAAAAUUGUUUAGUUGUUGCAAGUGU